GGACAAUUGGUAACAUUAACAGCAUUGAGUGCUUGACUGUGUUUUUAUACGAGUGGCUACUACCAAUACAAUAUCUAUUGCACCGAUGAAUCCUUCCUCUACAUCAAAUCAAUUUCGACCAUAUCGGUCCCAUAAAAUUCCAGCCUGCGAUCGAUGUCGAAAGCGCAAGUUAAGAUGUGAAGCAGACUUAUCAAAUGGUCCAUGUCGUAUUUGUCGGGAGCAAGGUGCCGAUUGUGUUAGGCCAGAAGCCUCCAGGACGAACAAACGUACCACACCGAACACAACUAGUACAAGUAACGUAGAAGUGCCUUCAGUGCGUUCAUUAAAACGCCCCAGAACACUUGAUCCAAGCCCUUCUACUUCUCCGAGACAUGAAAACAGUUUCCCCAAAGAUAGUACCGUGGAGCAGUCUGGUCUCCAGAGUCCCGACUAUAGUCGACAGGAAAGACCCAACGCUAACGACAAAUCUUCUAUGAUCAUCGGCCCUAUCAUUGCAGAGGAUGUCCAGUUACUGGAACAAUAUAUGGAAUCUCAAGCUCGCCCUGAAAGAUCUAGAAGGGGACGCUUAUAUGACACUGUAUCGGACAAUCCAAAAGAUCCCGUGAUUUAUCUCAGCGUUUCUCGACGAAGAGAAGGGCUCUCUUCAAGUGAGCGAGCUGGUGAAAAACAAAAGGAAAUUCUGGAACAAAUACUAGGGCCAAAUGUUAGAGAAGUUGUUAAUCUUUACUUUCGCCAUAUUCAUCCUAGCUUUCCUAUCAUUGACGAGCACAGUUUCAAUCAAUUGUAUUCCAAGGGCGAUAAAAGCUUAUCACCCGCACUCAUGUGUGAUAUAUUAGCUUCAUCUUUGGUACAUUGGAGGCAAUCCCCAGGUCUCAAACCAUUUCCGGUUCCAGACCAGCGAUAUUGCUGGAAUCUGGCCGUAGAAUCACUUCAAGGAGAUUUUCUCGCACCAGGUCUCUCGACCCUUUAUGCAGCGCUCCUUGAUUUAUCUGGGAGACCAGUUGUCUCGAUUACAGGCAACACGCUUACCAGUGGAAGAACAGUUGCUCUGGCUCAUAGUCUAGGGUUGAAUCGUGAUCCUAGCAGGUGGAGAAUAUCUGACCAUGAAAAGAAUCUGCGAACUCGUCUUUGGUGGGGUGUUUUGAUCCACGAUCGCUGGUCGAGCCUCGCCCAUGGUGUACCUGCGCAUAUUCGAGGAAAUGAAUAUGAUGUCCCGCUACCUACACUCGAAGGCCUUCUCACAGAAGGCAAUCAAGAAACUUCACGUAUCCGCCCGGCAGAAUGCUUUAUCUUACUCUGUGAGCUGACCGAAGUUCUUGGUGACAUUCUUCCACUCCUAUAUGAUCGCAGAUGCAGCAGACCAAUCACCGAAACCAACAAACUCUUGCGCCAACUCGAAACCAAUCUUGAUAAAUGGGAAGAAUCUCUUCCACAAUGGGCAGCAAGUAAAUCCAAUGUCGAAAAAGUAUCAGGUUUAAGCAGCCUCAAACUCGGAUUUCUCUCUGUCAAAAUGCUGCUUUGUCGCAUAGCAUUUCAUAGUACAACACAUUCUCCCGAGCCAUGUCUAAAAGAAGUCAAGGCAUAUCACCAGACAAUGCUACGCGAGUGCGCAAAGACAAUAACAGCGUUCCUCACUUCUCUAAUAGAGCAGAAUCUUAAUGAAUUCUGGAUGCCAUAUAGCGCAUACCACAUCUGUUCUGCAACCAUCAUUCUCCUUCGCUGCGCCAUCGACACCACAAAUAUCGAAACCGCCGAGUCUUGCAAAUCUAACCUAUCCGAAGUAAAGCAAUGGUUAGAUUGGGCACACACUUCUCAUCACUGGGAUCUCGCUGAAAUAUGCCUCGCCCAGUGCGCAGAACCCAUUGAAAGAUUGAUUGCCUCAUCGCGGUCAACGGUAACGAGUAUUCGAGUAAAUAGGGCUGAAGAUCCAUGUAUAGGUAUGGUAGGCGAAAACAUAGGGGAUCCAGUAAAUAUAGCCUUUCUCGCGGAUACCGAAAGCUUAAUAAUGAAUGGACUUAAUUAUCCGUUUGUUGAUCUGUGGGAUAUGUUUGAGCAGGAAUUUUGAUAAACAUUAGGCAAUAUGCCACCGGAUAGAACCCAUUAGUAUGACAUUCACUGCAUCAAUAAGUAUAUCAGUGAGUUCCAUUGGUUCUUCAUUAGGUUCAGUAUAUUAGAUUGGAUUUGAUGCACGGCUGAAAAAAAACAUAUUGUUGAGAGAAAUUCUUGUCUAGGGAAAAGAGGAAGAUCUUCCACUGACUUAGUCUCCAUAAACAAACAAAGAAGUCGAAGAUGUAACAGAUUGCCUACCUAGUAACCAUACAAAAAAAGAGAUUAUGUUGACUCUAGAAGAACAUUCGUCAAGUGAAUGAUAUUACA